AUGGAGAUGAAAGGGGAUGAAAUAGCCGUCGUGGCGGCGGCAGAGACGGAGGAGCACGUCCAGCGCAUCCUGAUCACCAUCGGUAAUUUCAGCCACAAGGUCUGCCUCUUCACUCUCUCCGCCUCCUCCCCUGUAUCUGAGAUGCUGGAUGCCGGGCGCGCCAUGUUCAAGGAGCUCGCCGCCGACUUCGAGGACCACCUCAGCAGGAUCCAAAAGAAGAGGUCGGGGAAGUUGGAGGAGGAGAUCAGGGAGCUGCGCGCCCGCGACGUCGCCAACGAGCAGACACGUGCCAUCCUCCACAACGCCCAACUCCAGCUCUUCCACAUCCACGAGUAG